GAUGAAAUUUGGAGACUGGGAAUUGUUCCGCUGUCUUAUCGAGAUGUUGCGUAACAUGGAGAUGCAGCAGUUGCAGCAACAACAGCAGCAUGAUCCGACAUCGUCAUCUGAUAUGAACCAAUCACUGACUGCUACUAACCUUUUCAAUUCUGCAAAUGAAUCAACUGUAACUGGCAGGGAGCCUUCACCUAAGCCCAGAUUUCAAACAAAUUCUGCUUCCGGUGUGCUUGAGUCAGCUGCUGAAAAAGCCAAACGAUUGGCGUCGGACAGCUGCAACACCCUCGCAGGGAACAGCAUGGAGUCAAUGAAUAACAUCUCAUCCAUCGGCCUCUUCAGAAGCCAACAGCAGCAACAACAGCAGCAGCAGCCGUACAUUCCUUCAACAACACAAAUGAUGAAGGCCAUCUCCAAAGAACAAGAAAUGGAUUUCAAAAAUUUUAACAUUUCUAAACAGCAGCAGCAACAACAGCAGCAACUACAGCAGCAGCAACCUAUCCCACCGCAGUCUCUCUCAUUAUUUACUAAACCGCAGCAAAACUAUCAGCUCUCCUUGCAGCAGCAGCAGCUGAUGAGGCAAGAUAGUUUUGUAAACGAGGUGAUGAUGGAGGCGGAGGCACUCAUCAAUAUUGUGGAGGCUACAGGUGUCGAGACGAACAGCGAGAGUGACGAAUCAGAGGACGGAGAUGCGGGAGCAGGAGAGGGAGGUCACAGGACCGGCGCUAUCAGUCCCAUUCCUGAAGAAGAUACUCUCUCCAAUCCAAUUCAAACAUCGUCUCAUUCCAGCUUUGUUAGUCUCGCUAAACAUGCCGUCCUCUCUAGGCAGGCUUCCCAGGAUAGCGCGACCAACAUCGGGGAUCGAGCCUUUUUUGUUGGUCCCGACAAUGAUUCGGGUGAAUCAGAUUCCGAAGAAGUUGAGAGGUUGUCGCACAAGAAUUCGGUGAUGAGGAGACAACAGACUACGAAGAGUCCUCACCACAGUGUCGCUGGUGAUGUUGCAGCCAGUGUGGCUGCUUCUGCUGCUGCUGCUGCUACUACUACUACUACUGGAGCUGGAUGCAUUGUUAUCGGCAAUGCUUCCUCUGGCAUCAAUGAUGCUAAUUAUCAAGUGAACAGGGACAGCAAGAAAACAGCUCUGAAGAGACCGGACUUGACGAGGGCGAGCACCGAUUCAACUGCACCUCUCCUCAAUCGAACGUACAGCGAGGAUGCCAGUCAUGCAUUGGUCUUCAACAACUCAUUUGCAGUCUCUGGUCUCAAUGGAACGGACGCUUCUGAAGCUAACAACAGCGGUUAUAAAUCAGCAUUCGUUACACUCAACAGUGGAAUCAUUUUCCAGCCAACUUCAUUGAAAUCUGAUCAGAAAGAAUUGGAAAAUAAAGACGAACAAGAUUCCUCAUACAAAAUUACGAUCGAUUUCUAAAACUGUUCAUGCUUCUUGUACUUUUAGUUAUUUUCAUUUUUGCAACAUUAACGUUUAACGUUAAUGUAUUUAAUUGUUAAUAAGUGUUCCAGUUUGCAUGAAUUUGUCGAUUAUCUGUAUUUAAUUUCAAAUCAUUCGUCUUUUGUCUUAGUUAAUUUUUAACUUGCAAGUCGGCAAUUUCAAAGUUCACGAAAUUUCUACUUCCUUGUUUUGUAAUAUAAUAAAAUGUUAA